CACACCUCUGCUUGAUUUCAAACUCUCUCCCUGCCUGCUCUUCAGCUCUCCUGCUUUCUGGUCGCGGCCGCACUCGUAUUUCUCUCCUCUGGGAGUUCGCUGCGUUCCCGUCUGUCUCCGGGCCCCCAACAGGUGGACCAUGCCGCCCUCAGCCCGCUGACAGAGGGGCCUCCUCGCUGGAAAGGGUCACUGCGGCAGGUCACAGAGCUGCCUCUGAAGGCUCCACUAGGUUAUCGCUGAAAAUGAGUUCAUCUGCUUCCCCUGCGCCCGUCACCACAGUCCCCUCAAACACGACCCCCGUGACCAAAUCGCAGGAACAAAUCCUCAUCCAGAGCUCUGGCGCUAUGAUCGCCGUCAUUGUCAUAGGCAUCAUUAUCAUUCUUGCUGUUGUUCUCAUCAUCCUGAAGACAUACAACAGGCGGACACAUGCAGCUAGACUCCUGGGAGGCUCCAAACCGCGUCCAAAGAUGUCCCAGUCCACGGUCAACGGCAGCAUGCCUCUCAGCACCAUCGGGGUCAACUCUGUGUCGGGCAGCGUGGCGAACUCAAACCCGCCGUCCGAGGCCGGCUUCCAGCUGUCCAGAGCGGAGCUCGGCAUGACGGAGGGGAACCACAUGGAGCGGUUCAGCACCACCAGCGACUACAGCGAAUCCACUGUGGUCACCAUACAUGACACGCCCUCCCCGCUGAACACAUAGCACACAGACUGGAGGUCAGGCUGAAAACCGACUGAUCUUUUAUCUUCAAACCUGACCACACACUGCGCCGAGUCAACCCUGUGGUCUUGGUGUGCGCGCCUGUCGGUCUGCGCCCGGACCGAGCCGCUGCAGGUGACCGGUCGGGUUUUACAGGACGUGCAAAAUGUGCAUCAUGAACAAAAUAGCAUCACGUUUAGGCACCGUGGAUUAUGAAGGAUCUUGCAUGAAGAAAAUUUGAUGAAGAACUUAUGACAGUGUUUUCUGAGAAAACAUGAUGCACUGGAGCAAAGCGGUGAGAUAUCGUGACUGCUAUAGGUGGACGAUGUCGGACUAAGGGAGUGAUUUUCAGACUCCGAGCAUCCAAGAUCAGAAGUUCUGCUCCUUUGUUUGGAAGCCGUAGAGUCAGAAACCUGCACAUUUAAAGCAGUGUAUGAUUAGUUUUAAAGUUAGAGAAACGACAUAGAGGAGAUUAUGAGCAGUAUGACUGCUCCUGUUAAACAUUUACU